AAACACAAGUUGUUUUCAGCUAUUAAUAAACAAACAAUAAUGACACAGUACAUGAAGAACUAAACAUUGAAAGCAAACUUAUUCUAGUAAUUUGGAGGCCAGAGCAAAGAUUUGUUUGAUCUUUUACAAUCUACAGACAAACUGUAGCUUGAGGUGCAGAAUGCAAAUGAAUCAAGGUUUAACUGUGUAAAAUGUGUGUCACAUUAAAAGUAGAGCAAGGUGUGCAUUCUUGGCUUAAUCAUUUUAGAUCACAAAAAGGCAUUUUAUGUGUUCUGUACACCUUAGAAAAGCAAUUCAAUUCAAAGAAAAGGCGAGAAGCAACAGAAGUCUCAGAAACCUGAACUUCGUGGUUUAUUAGUUACACAAUAUAAAAGCACAGUUUUAUCUUAUAGCAAAACUUUGUUUAGGCCAAGGAAUAAGCCUACAUGCAUGUAUGUAACCUUUAUUAAACCAUGUAUGUCCCACUGAGAUUUAAAAGAUUGCGUGGUGUAAUAACUGGAUGUUGAAAAAUGCUCUGCUUGAAGCAGUUGUAGUUUUUUUUCAUGCUGGUCUAAAUCCAUGAGAUGGCAGUAUUGUAAUGUGAAUAAUGCCGGCUGCGGUGAAACUUCAGAGAAGAAGAAACAAAGCCUGUCCGGCUGGUUAUCCGCAGAAGGGGGAUGGCCGUUCUGGAAGCUAGUACCUGGCAACCUCAGGACCCAGCCCAGCACUGUAAACAAGCGGAGGACACUCAGCGGCUAGCUCAAGCUGCAAGACCCAGCGCUUCUCUCUGUCAAAAAAGUUGCAGUUCGCUCGAAACACACCCUUUAAUGUGAAUACUGACCCAUGGACCAGUUCAGAGUCUGCUUCACCCCAGAAUCACUUUUGGAAGUAGAUCAUGAAUGACAAACUCGUCUUCCUGGGCCUGCUGUACUUUGUCCAGGGUAUUCCCUAUGGUCUCCAGUCUUCUCUGCUUCCUGUGUACCUACGUGGAGCUGGCCAUUCUCUCACACGCAUUGGUUUCACCAAGAUCCUCUACUUUCCUUGGGUGCUGAAGGUACUGUGGGCCCCUUUGGUGGACCGAGUGGGAACCAAACGUCGCUGGCUGGUGGGCACGGUGUCUGGGCUGGCGUUGACAUGCCUCUCCAGUGCUGCCCUGGCUCCAGAAGCACACAUCUGGGGUGUGGCGGGGACUCUGCUGGCCAUGAACACCUUCGCCUCUGUUCAAGAUAUUGCUGUAGACGGGGCUGCCGUUGGGCUGUUGAAAGGACGCGGGGAGCUCGGACUGGGCAAUACGGCCCAGGUUGUGGGAUACAAGGCUGGAUCAGUGUUUGCCGGUGGUGGGCUCCUAGCUGUGAUUGAUGUGGCUGGAUGGAGCUGGAUGUUUAUGCUCCUGACAUUUGUGUAUGCAGGCGUGGCUCUGUUUGUGUGGGGGGCCCCUGUGCUGGACGAUGAGAGCAUAAAGCAGGCAGAUGGCAGCAGGAGGGGGGGGCAGGGAGCCGAGGCUAUGAGGCCGUGGAGGGUAUGGAGGAAGCUGAUGGCAGUGCCCGGCACACCUUGGACAAUCUUGUAUGUGCUCACAUACAAACUUGGUGAGCAGGGUGCUGUGACCAUGUUUCCUCUUUUCCUCCUGGAUCACCACAUGACAGCCAGAGAGCUCGGCUUCUGGAACGGCGUCGUCGCUAUGGGCUUCUCCAUCUGUGGCUCAUCCCUCGGAGGCCUGCUGCUCGCCCAGUUCAGCAUCGGGGCGAUGAUGCGACGGGUGUUUGUGUUGCGUACCGUCAGCAUGGUCUUCCAGAGUUCUUUGCUCACUGUACUGGAACCAUCGCCGCUCAUGAAAGGAAUGGCGGUCCUGAGCAUGAGCGUUCAGCACUUCCUGGGUGGUCUCAUCACCACGCUCACCUUCACUACCAUGAUGCAUUGCACUCAGAGGGCCGAGGAAAGCAUACAGGCCACCCACUACAGUUUCCUGGCAACUCUGGAGGUUCUGGGGAAGCUGAUGUUCAGCGCUUUGGCCGGCGGAGUGGUGGACUGGUGUGGUUUCCAAGUGGCCUUCCUCUUCUUCCUCACCCUGUCGGCUGGAACGGCCCUGCACGUGUGGACGGCCACCUUCACCGGCGCUCUCAGGGAGAAUCAGCUCAAAGAGCAGCCCAAAUGAGAUCCGUCUUAAACGUUUACAUUUAGGGCAAGUCCAGGUACAUUAAUAAUGGACCAUUGGAGCUCGACUACGAAUAUUAAGGAAACAAACUUUGUAGAGUCGUAAAUCAAGAUUAGUAAAGUUAUUUCAUAUAUCAACAGUCUUAAAUAAGUAUCAGCCAUUCUUUAAUGGAGAAAAAACGCUUUCCUUUAACCACUCUGUGACUGACUGCUCUUUUGUCAUAUUUCACAGGCAGAGAUGGCCUUAUGUUUUAUUUAUUUUGUUUUGAACAUAUCUCAAAUAGUCUUAAAAAGCGUAGUUAGGUGGUGAACCUUAGGGAUACAGUGUACAUCUUAAAUAUGAUGGAAGUACUCAUAGCUUGAUGGAAGAUGGUUUAUUGUGUUUGGUAGAGACAUAAAAUAUACUGAAAGUUUCAUAGUAGCUUAAAUUAAAGGGAAAUAUAAUCAAAGCUUAUUAUCAACUGAGCCAGUUUCAUAUUGUUAUGCGUCAGCAAUAAGAGCUGCAGCCAAAAGCAAUAGUGUUAGUUUAUUUUCUUAUACUGUACUGUCUAUAUAUAUAUAUAUAUAUAUGUAUAUAUAUAUAUAUAUAUUCUCCUGUGUUGUAUGGUUUACAGAUGUCUGCUCUUUAAUCUCUGCUACCUCGCAUCACCACUGUAAGGUACGACACAGAACAUAAAGUAACUGCAUAAACCCAGAGUGCAUACACAGACAUCCCGUAAUGUGUUAGCUAAAACAAAACGUGAUUGUAGUUUGUCUUGAGAAAGAGAAUAAAAGUGUAAUUUAGCUCUUAAGCAAAGGGCUUUUUUCGUGGGUCGUAAACCAUACAUUGUCAACUCUUAUGUUGUAAAUUCCCACAAGUGUCAGAGUACAACUCACACUUGUAGGAAACAUCUGCCUUACACACUGCAUGGUGCCAUCUAGUCUUAUUUAUUUGACCAGACUCAAUAAGAAAGUCAGCUUUCAGAAAGAAACUUGAAUGACCAGACUUACUUGGAAGGUAAAGUUCCAAAAUCGCACUGUUUUAGUUUGUUUUAAUUUCUGUUUUUAAACAUGUUUAAUGCACAAUAACUAAUAAUAGCUUCUCUUGAAUAGCUCAAUAAUAGCUGCAUAGCAUAAAUUGUUCCCUCAAGUCUUAGAUUUAAACAGGUUCAUCCCAGCAGGUUCUGUAAGAAUACAGAGAAAUCCUGUAAGUAGGCUUUGCUAAAGGAAACAUUGGCCACUUGAUUUCUUUCACAUCAUGUGAAAAAGACAAUGACAUUACAUAUCUAAUUAUGUAGCCAUCUGUGGAACAUGAGCGGCAAAGAAAAUCUUUGAAAUUUGCACAAAAAUAAAGCUGCUGGGGACAUUUCUAAA